CUUUAGCCCCAAGUCAGCAUGGGUAGUGUCAGUAGCCUCAUUUCUGGCCACAGCUUCCAUGGCAAGCACUGCCGGGCUUCACGGUACAAGCUGGGCAAGUCCUCCCAUCUCAAGAAACUCAAUCGAUAUUCAGAUGGGCUUCUGAGAUUUGGCUUCUCCCAGGACUCAGGCCAUGGCAAGUCCAGCUCCAAAAUGGGAAAGAGUGAAGACUUCUUCUACAUCAAGGUCAGCCAGAAAGCCCGGGGCUCCCACCACCCAGAUUACACUGCACUGUCUAGUGGGGACAUAGGCGGCCAGGCUGGGGUGGACUUUGGCCCGUCCACCCCACCCAAGCUUAUGCCCUUCUCCAGUCAGCUAGAAAUGGGGUCAGAGAAAGGUGCAGUGAGGCCCACAGCAUUCAAGCCUGUGCUGCCACGGUCAGGAGCCAUCCUCCACUCAUCCCCUGAGAGCGCCAGCCACCAGCUGCACCCUGCCCCUCCAGACAAGCCCAAGGAACAGGAUCCAAAGCCCAGCCUGUGCUCUGGGGCACUGUCUGACUCUGGCCGGAACUCCAUGUCUAGCCUGCCCACACACAGCACCAGCAGCAGCUACCAGUUGGAUCCACUGGUUACACCAGUGGGGCCCACCAGCCGUUUUGGGGGCUCAGCCCACAAUAUCACCCAGGGCAUCAUCCUCCAGGACAGCAACAUGAUGAGUCUGAAGGCUCUGUCUUUCUCCGAUGGGGGCAGCAAGCUGUCCCACCCAAGCAAGGCAGACAAGGCUUCCUCAUGCAUCCGCUCCCCCAUCUCCACAGAUGAGUGCAGCAUCCAGGAGCUUGAGCAGAAGCUGCUGGAGAGGGAGGGAGCACUCCAGAAGCUGCAGCGUAGCCUUGAGGAGAAGGAGCUGGCCUCCAGUCAGGCUUAUGAAGAGCGGCAGUGGCGCUGCAAGGAGGAGCUGGAUGGCCUGGAGCAGAAGUGCAGUGGCAAGUUGAAGCAAGCCUCACAGAAGAGCCAGCGCACACAGCAGGUGCUGCACCUCCAGGUGCUCCAGCUCCAGCAGGAGAAGAGGCAGCUCCGGCAGGAGCUUGAGAGCCUCAUGAAGGAACAGGACCUGCUGGAGACCAAGCUCAAGUCCUAUGAGAAGGAGAAGACCAGCUUUGCCCCUGCACUGGAAGAGACUCAGUGGGAGGUGUGCCAGAAGUCGGGUGAAAUCUCUCUUCUGAAGCAGCAGCUGAAGGAGUCCCAGACAGAAAUCAACACCAAGGCUAGUGAGAUCCUUAGUCUGAAGGCACAGCUGAAGGACACACGGGGCAAACUGGAGGGCAUGGAGCUGAAGACUCAGGAUUUAGAGAGUGCUCUGCGCACCAAGGGCCUGGAGCUAGAGGUCUGUGAGAAUGAGCUUCAGCGCAAGAAAAAUGAGUCCGAGCUUCUCCGAGAGAAGGUGAACCUGCUGGAGCAGGAGCUGCUGGAGCUGCGGGCCCAGGCUGCCUUGCAGUGGGAAGCUGUGUCUCUGGGGCCAGGGCUAGGGCCAGGGCCUGGGACUACCUUCUCUGAGGACAUCCCCGCCCUGCAGCGGGAGUUGGAGCGGCUGCGUGCAGAGCUCAAGGAGGAGCGGCAAGGCCAUGACCAGAUGUCCUCAGGCUUCCAGCAUGAGCGGCUGGUGUGGAAGGAGGAGAAGGAGAAGGUGAUCCAGUACCAGAAGCAGCUACAGCAGAGCUACCUGGCCAUGUACCAGCGGAAUCAGCGCCUGGAGAAGGCCCUGAAGCAGCUGGCCCAUGGGGACGGUGCAGGGGAGGCCUUUGAAAUUGACCUUGAAGGGGCCGACAUCCCCUACGAGGAUAUCAUAGCCACUGAGAUCUGA